CGAUGUAUGAACACAAACCGCCCGAGCGGCCACCCGCCAACCGCCUUUAAUUACUCCGACCCCUUCAGGAGCCAGGCCACCUCCCGCGCCCGCUCCGGCCCGACCAGCCAACCCCUCCCACACCAAGAACUCAUGAUCGAAGAACUCAAACCCCGGCAUGACCGUCUCCGAAACCAACAGCAUCUCAUCACCACCACCACCAUCAUCAUCAUCACCCACCAAAAACGUCGCCUUUUACCUGGCCGCCUCCACAAGCCGCCGCGCCCUCUCCCCCUUGGCCGCAUUCAGCCCGACCACAAAACUCUCCACCCUCCCUCCACCAUCCCUAUCCCCGCAUCCUCCUUGGGCCUGAGUCUGAGUCUUGGCCAGGAAUUGGGGCUGGGUCAGGGGCUGGGGCUUGGGGAGGGUGUGGGGGACUGCUUAGUGGUGGCAUUGUUUGGUUGCUACGAGAGAGAGGGCUUGGAGUAUGUGGGAGGGGAAUGCUUCAAAGUGAGAAGAAAUGAUCAGGUGGUAUGAGGAAAGGAGAUGGCAUACCCUGUCGGUGAUAAUAAUCGGAUGAUAAUAGACGAUGUUAUCCUAGCUUGCAUAUCAAGAUAUAUAGACUUCCCUGCAAGGCGCUGCUUCAUG